ACCAACACGGACAUGAGUCAAAACACCAGUUGAUAGCUUCAGCUCCUGAAAUAAUUUUUCAACUGGUGUAAACACAUGUUUUGCAGUGUUGAUGAAUAUGCCACAAAAUGUUUUGUUUGUUAUUGUAAAGAAGAAAUACUUUUGCAAAAUUGCGGCGAGUUUGAGAACUAGUCGGCGAGAGAGCCAUUCAUGACAGCAAGCUAACUACUAGCAAGCAAGCUCUAGCUAGCUAACGUUAGCUAUCAGUGUAGCGAGUGCAAGAGUCAGACGAUUAAUUCAAACGCUGUUGUCAAGAAAACGUGUAUCCUUUCAUAUCAUAGUAGUCAGCUAGCAAGCCAGCCAGUCAGCAAAAUGAGGAUACGUUCGUCUCUUUUUGCCUGUUUUUGUCUCAUACUGGAGGUAUUAGGCAUUGUCUUGUUUCUUAGGGGAUUUUUCCCAGUCCCUAUCAAAUCUUCUUUUUCAUCGAAGAGCAAGUUGUCAGAUGUUCCGCCUGAACCCUUUACCGGAAGAUCCCUCAACUCCUCCAAAGUCCCGGACGCCCUUUUCAAGAGAGUAGUGAUAGUGUUGAUCGAUGCUCUCAGGGAGGACUUUGUGUUUGGUCCAAAUGGGAGAAAAUACAUGCCUUACAUUAGGCACUUGGUGGAGAGGGGCUCCACACACAGCUUUGUGGCCAAGGCAAGACCUCCUACAGUUACAAUGCCCAGAAUCAAGGCCCUGACCACAGGUAGUAUCCCAGGCUUCAUCGACGUGGUGAUGAACCUGAACUCCCCAGCGCUGCUGGAGGACAACCUCAUCUGGCAGGCCAAGGCAGCGGGCAAGCGGAUGGUGUUCUACGGGGACGACACCUGGGUGAAGCUCUUCCCCAAGCACUUCAUGGAGUACGAUGGCACGACCUCUUUCUUCGUGUCCGACUACACCGAGGUUGACAACAACGUGACGCGUCACCUGGACAGCACCCUGAAGAGAGACGACUGGGACAUUCUGAUCUUGCACUACCUGGGCCUGGACCACAUCGGCCACAUCAGUGGACCCCACAGCUCCCUCAUCCAGCCCAAACUAAUGGAGAUGGAUGACAUCCUCAAGAAGAUUCAUGGCUCUCUCAUCUUAAAGGAGGCAGAGGGGGCGCUGCCCUACCUGCUGGUGCUGUGUGGGGACCACGGGAUGUCUGAGACGGGCAGCCACGGGGGCUCGUCUGAGCAUGAGGUCAAUACACCCCUGGUGCUCAUCAGCCCCGCCUUCAAGAAGAAAGUAGGGAUGGAGAAACCAUCAACAGUAGAGCAGGUGGACCUGACCCCGACCCUGGCUCUUGGUCUGGGCCUGCCCAUCUCCCAGAACAGCGUGGGCCGACUCAUUCAGUCCGUGGUUGACGAGGCCUCUCUCAGGGACCAGCUGCGCUUUCUGCACCUCAACGGCCACCAGCUGAGCUACCUGCUGAAGGACAGCAUGCCAGCCUAUGAGAAAGAGGAGGGCUAUGAGCAGUUCCGUGUGGCAGAGAAGUCCCAUGGUAACUGGGUGAAGCUGGUGGUGGAGGGCAACACAUCAGAGGUGCUGACCAACAUGGGGAAGAAGGUGUUCAAGCAGUACCUGGAGGCCCUCAGGGCCAUGAGCGAAGCCCUCAGCAAGCAGCUGGGCAAAUAUGACAUAUAUUCCAUGGUGGUGGGCAUGGUCCUUGUCUUCCAGCUCCUUCUCCUCCUGCUGCUGGCCAUGCCUGAGGCACUGAGCAGUGCCUCAGAGGUGGAUCUCCCUGUGUCCUCUGCUCUGCUCUCGCUGCCCUUCUACCUGCUGUGCUUGCUCCUCUCCUCCGUGCACGUGCUGGUGUGCACCUCGGCCGAGAGCUCCUGUUACUUCUGCAGCCUCUCCUGGGGACUGGUGUUCGGGGCAGUGGCCCUCUCCUCAGCCCUGCUCUGCAUCCUGGUAUCCAUGGCAGCCAGGAGGGUAGCAAAGCCCCCUGGGAAGUCUCCAUCCCAUGGUGGUGUCAGUGGUGGGUGGUCUCUGUCGGAGUUGGACAUUCUUCUCCUGGCGGGCACGGCUGGCCACACCCUCAGCCUGUCGGCCAGCAGCUUCGUGGAGGAGGAGCACCAGGUCUGGUACUUCCUGCUUAACACCCUCUGCCUGGUAGUCUUCCAAGACGUCUGUCGCAAGUACUUCCGGGAGCGCCGUGCCAACUUUGGGAGCUUGGAGGACGAAGACUACCUCCUCCCCUCCAAUGAGGGGGACGCGGUUGCCUCACCGUUAGCUGAUUUGGGGGUGACGGAUGCAGGUUCGGAGAAGUGGCUGGCCCUGGCUACCCCACCGCUCACCCUGGCGUGUUGUCGUCUGCUGCGCUCGCUCAACCAGACCGGGGUGCAGUGGGCUCACCUGCCUGACCUGGGACACUGGCUCAACAGCUUCGAACACAAGAUGGUGCUAUCCUUGUUCGCCGCCUUGUCAUUGGCUCUGAUCUACUUCCUGGUCCAGCGGAGAUGUUCCUGGGUGUCCAAGAUUGCCCUGGCCCUUGGCCUUCUGGGUGUAUACAGCUACCGGGCGGCGGUGGGCAACGUUGUGUUUCCGUGGCAACAUGGUGGUGGAAACAUGUCCAAGGGGACCGUGGAGGCACGCUUUGUGUAUGUCUUCGUUCUGGGCAUCCUCUUCACGGGCUCCAAGGACCUGUUGCGGUCCCAGGUCAUCACAGCCGAUGCCAGGCUGAAGAGCAGGGGCUUAUGGGAAAUCUACAGUGGUGUGGUUCUGUUGGUGGCCCUGUUGUUCCGAGCCCACAACCUGCCGGUGCUGUGCUGCUGUUUGCUGGUCCAGACUUUGAUGGCCCAGUUCAUCUGGAAGAAGCUCCACUACGACGCUGCACAGACCACCAUCAUGCACUACUGGUUUGGACAGGCCUUCUUCUACUUCCAGGGGAACUCCAACAGCAUUGCCACGGUUGACAUCUCGGUGGGCUUCGUGGGACUGGAGAGCUACGUAGAGGCCCCAGCUUUCUUCCUCACCGCCCUCAGCACGUAUGCCGGGCCCCUGCUCUGGGCUGCCCACCUGGUUUGCUACCUCAGCUCAGAGAAGAGGAGCUCAGUGGCGGUCGGCCAUGGAUGCUACUGCUUGGCCCUUUUGCGGUCCGUGCCGGCGGCGGCCUACGUGGUGUUGGUCACGGCCCUGCGCUACCACCUCUUCAUCUGGAGCGUCUUCUCACCCAAGUUGCUGUAUGAGUCCAUGCACACAUUGCUCACCGCUGCAAUUUGCCUCUUCUUCACCACCAUGGAGCAGAGCCGCAGGCCCUAGGGAGCCCACGGCCCCUGAGGGCUCUCAACUUUCAGGAAGGGGUUAAGGAGAAGGGCAAAGACUCAUGGGUAAUGGUGGUCCUGAUACUGUCCUAGUUGACUUCUGGAUGCCCCACUCCUACACUCUGAAGGAGAAGGUGGGAAUGUACUGUCCACUGCACUGGAUUUCUAGGACUGCAGCAUUCACUUGGGUGGCAGGUAGCCUAAUGUUUAAGAGCGUUGGGCCAGUAACCGAAAGGUUGCUGGUUUGAAUCCCUGAGCAAACUAGCUGAAAAAUCUGUCAAUGUACCCUUCAGCAAGGCACUUAACCCUAAUUGCUCCUGUAAGUGGCUCUGGAUAAGAGUGUCUGCUAAAUUAAUACAAAAAUGUUCAAAUUCACCUUUUGGUACGCAAUAUCUUUUCUCAGAUGGAACUUUGUCUCUUGUAUGGACUAAAGCACAACUUUUUUAGUAAGAUUAAGAUAUUUUAAGGUGGUGGGUUCUACUGAAGUCUGUUCGGGUAUUUAUUGAGCAGGGCUGAAAAUGGGUAAUAGGGUAAAUUCUAUAAAUUAUUCCAUUUGAAUGUGUCAAAGCACAAUCUCUUGAAAAUUGAUUUGUAUUCCUUCCUUUUGUUGUAUUAUUGUUUGUUUUGUUUCUGUAGACUAGUAAGUUCUUCUGUUGACCCCCGGCUCUGUAGUGCUCUAUCCCAGUAGAGUAGUAAGUUCUUCUAUUGACCACCGGCUCUGUAGUGCUCUAUCCCAGUAGAGUAGUAAGUUCUUCUAUUGACCACCGGCUCUGUAGUGCUCUAUCCCAGUAGAGUAGUAAGUUCUUCUAUUGACCACCGGCUCUGUAGUGCUCUAUCCCAGUAGAGUAGUAAGUUCUUCUAUUGACCCCCGGCUCUGUCCAGUGGAGUAGUAAGUUCUUCUAUUGACCACCGGCUCUGUGGUGCUCUAUCCCAGUAGAGUCGUAAGUUCUUCUAUUGACCCCUGGCUCUGUAGUGCUCUAUCCCAGUAGAGUAGUAAGUUCUUCUAUUGACCCCCGGCUCUGUGGUGCUCUAUCCCAGUAGAGUAGUAAGUUCGUCUAUUGACCACCGGCUCUGUAGUGCUCUAUCCCAGUAGAGUAGUAAGUUAUUCUAUUGACCCCCGGCUCUGUGGUGCUCUAUCCCAGUAGAGUAGUAAGUUCUUCUAUUGUCCCCCGGCUCUGUAGUGCUCUAUCCCUGUAGAGUAGUAAGUUAUUCUAUUGACCCCCGGCUCUGUGGUGCUCUAUCCCAGUAGAGUAGUAAGUUCUUCUAUUGACCACCGGCUCUGUAGUGCUCUAUCCAAGUAGAGUAGUAAGUUCUUCUAUUGACCACCGGCUCUGUAGUGCUCUAUCCCAGUAGAGUAGUAAGUUCGUCUAAUGACCACCGGCUCUGUAGUGCUCUAUCCCAGUAGAGUAGUAAGUUCUUCUAUUGACCACCGGCUCUGUAGUGCUCUAUCCCAGUGGAGUAGUAAGUUCUUCUAUUGACCACCGGCUCUGUAGUGCUCUAUCCCAGUAGAGUAGUAAGUUCUUCUAUUGACCACCGGCUCUGUGGUGCUCUAUCCCAGUGGAGUAGUAAGUUCUUCUAUUGACCACCGGCUCUGUAGUGCUCUAUCCCAGUUGAAUUAUAUUUCUAAUAGUCCUCCAUACACUUAUAUCAAUUAUAUAGGUUAUAUAAAUGAUAUACUGUAGAUGUGUUCCAAGCUGAUAGCAAGCCAUACUUCCCUCCCACUUCCUGCCAUAGGAUACACAGGUCGUAAGCUGUUUAUUUUAAUUAAACAUUUUUAUUUAAACUUUAUUCAACUAUUUCAUACCCUAAAUUAAUAUGCAUACUUUUAGUUGUGUGUGUGU